AUGAUAUUUUCGACUUUAGAACAUAUAUUAACUCACAUCUCUUUUUCAAUUGUUUCAAUUGUAAUUACGAUUUAUUUGAUGACCCUAUUAGUCCACGAAACCAUAGGACUACAUGAUUCGUCAGAAAAGGGCAUGAUAGCUACCUUUUUUUGUAUAACAGGAUUAUUAGUUACUCGUUGGAUUUAUUCGGAACAUUUUCCCUUAAGUGAUUUAUAUGAAUCAUUAAUAUUCCUUUCAUGGGGCUUUUCCAUUAUUCAUAUGGUUCCUAAAAUAUGGAAUCAUAAAAAUGAUUUAAGCGCAAUAACUGCACCAAGUACUAUUUUUACCCAAGGAUUUGCUACUUCAGGUCUUUUGACUGAAAUGCAUCAAUCCACAAUAUUAGUACCUGCCCUCCAAUCUCAGUGGUUAAUGAUGCACGUAAGUAUGAUGAUAUUGAGCUAUGCAGCUCUUUUAUGUGGAUCAUUAUUAUCAGUAUCUCUUCUAGUCAUUACAUUUCGAAAAAGCCUAAGGGUCUUUGGUAAAAACAAUCAUUCAUUAAUUGGGCCGUUUUCAUUUGAUUUUGAUGAGAUUCAAUAUGUAAAUGAAAGAAGCAAUGCUAUACUAAACAAUUCUUUACUUUCAUUUAGAAAUUAUCACAGAUAUCAAUUGAUUCAGCAAUUGGAUCGUUGGAGUUAUCGUGUUAUUAGUCUAGGAUUUAUCUUUUUAACGGUUGGUAUUCUUUCAGGAGCAGUGUGGGCUAAUGAGGCGUGGGGGUCAUAUUGGAAUUGGGACCCCAAAGAAACUUGGGCAUUUAUUACUUGGACUAUAUUUGCUAUUUAUUUACAUAUUAGAACCAACCAAAAUUUUCAAGGCACAAAUUCCGCAAUUGUAGCUUCUAUGGGAUUUCUUAUAAUUUGGGUAUGCUAUUUUGGGGUCAAUCUAUUAGGAAUAGGCCUACAUAGUUAUGGUUCAUUCACAUUAGCAUCUUAA